GGCGGACCAACCUUUCCGUCAAAGACUUGAGCUCAGGUCACAUCCAAUCGGCUUGCGUUCUGCUCUUCUUGAAACAUGUCGCCCAUGAAGCUGUGUGUUCCAGGUGAUAGGCUAUGCAGCACAGAAGACUGUAUGCCCGGUACUGGGGUGUACCUACGACACGGCUACAUCUACUCCUCGCUAGCAGGCUACGUACUCAGGAAGAACGAAGGAGAGGAGCUACCAGUCAUCUCGGUGGUGAGAGAAACCGAGGCUCAGCUACUACCAGAUGUAGGAGCCAUAGUGACCUGUAAGGUGACCAGUAUCAACCCCAGGUUUGCCAAGGUCCACAUCCUCUACGUUGGUUCCACACCACUGAAGGACCGUUUUAGAGGAACCAUCAGGAAAGAAGAUGUACGAGCAACAGAAAAAGACAGGGUAUGUUUUUGAAUCAUUCUAAAGUUCCCCCACUGUUUGACCACCAACAUAUUUUACAUU